CCCAUGGGUCGGGGAGGAGCAGAGAAGUAACGUCAUGAAACUGGUUGGGGCAGUGAGAGGGCCUGAAACUUCCCAUGAAACAGUCCUAGUAAUCCUCCCCGUGCAGCCAGUGUGUUCUUCUCCUCCUGGGUUCUCUAUGGUGUCCGGAGCUCAGAGAGAUGCUAAGGGUCAGCUAGUCACCAUGUUUGCUAAGAAGAAGAAGCGUAUCGAGAUCUCAGCCCCCUCUAAUUUCGAGCAUCGUGUACACACUGGUUUUGACGAGCAGGAACAGAAAUUCACCGGGCUUCCACGACAAUGGCAGAGUCUGAUCGAGGAGUCCGCCAAAAGACCCAAGCCACUGGUGGACCCGGCAUGUAUCACAGCUAUCAACCGUGGUCAACAAAAGACGAUCGUACGUGGGAGCAAGCUGUCCCAGGAUGGCUCCUUGGCAUGGCUGCUGGAUGAAUUUGAAAUGAUGUCAGUGUGCCGCUCGAACUCCUUGCGCAGAGAGUCUCCUCCUUGCCCCCCUAGAGAACAGCGCACCCCGGUGCAAAAUGGUGUGGGUGAUGGACGCACGAGACACCCACGUGAUGAUGGAGGAAGAAUGCCAGAUAGGAGCAGGACAGACCACGGAAGGGAUAGGCCAAGGGAAGAACAGAAACCUGCUCCCCAGCAACCUCGGGGACAGGAACCAAGCGGCAAACACAGGCCUCCACCACCUGACUAUCCUAAACCUUCAGAGAACAGAUCUGUCCGCCAUAAUGAGCGGAUGGAGGGGAAGCGAGAUCGCCACCUAACGACUGACGGUGACUACAGUGAACCAGCGGAUAGAGUGGUCAGGAGAGAAAAAGAAGAAAGAAGGCCGAAAUCGUCUUACACUGGAGGGCAGGGUAGCCCGCAGUCACCUAGGGACAAAAGACCACUCUCGGGGCCUAAUAUGCAUACCCCAAAUAACCAAUCUGCAGAGGGAGCGGGGAAGCCAACACAGCAGGCCGCAAGGCCUUUUAACACUUAUCCACGUGCAGACACUGACCCGAACAGGUCAACACAGCAGAUCCAGGAUUCCCGUUCCACUGUACCACUUGACCCUAAAAACCCUGCAAACAGAGGCUCAUCUCGGCCACAGCCAAGCCAGCCCAAGCCCAAGCCUCCAGAGAAACCAUCUCCGGCCAGCCUCUCCCAGCACAGCUCUGACCCACAGCUCUCUCGCCCACCGCAGCAGGCGCAGCAACCUGCACAGCCUCGAUCUCCGCAGAGGGAGCCUCAGCGGGUGUCACACGAGCAGUUCAGAGCAGCCUUGCAGAUGGUGGUGGACCCUGGAGAUCCCAGGACCUAUCUGGAUAACUUCAUCAAAAUCGGGGAGGGCUCAACGGGGAUUGUUUGUAUUGCGACUAUCAGGAGUUCUGGGAAACUUGUUGCUGUGAAGAAGAUGGAUCUGCGCAAGCAGCAGAGGAGGGAGCUUCUGUUUAAUGAGGUGGUGAUAAUGCGAGAUUACCAGCAUGAAAAUGUGGUGGAGAUGUACAACAGCUACUUGGUGGGAGACGAGCUGUGGGUGGUCAUGGAGUUCCUGGAAGGAGGGGCGCUCACUGACAUUGUCACACACACCAGGAUGAUUGAAGAGCAGAUAGCCACCGUCUGUGUGGCCGUACUGAAGGCUUUGUCCGUACUUCAUGCCCAAGGAGUAAUCCAUCGGGACAUUAAAAGUGAUUCCAUUCUGCUGACCCACGAUGGACGGGUGAAGCUCUCCGAUUUUGGUUUCUGCGCCCAGGUCAACAAGGAGGUUCCACGUCGAAAAUCCUUGGUGGGAACGCCCUAUUGGAUGGCCCCAGAGCUCAUCUCACGGUUACCCUAUGGGCCAGAGGUGGAUAUCUGGUCUCUGGGUAUCAUGGUGAUAGAGAUGGUGGAUGGAGAACCUCCGUAUUUUAAUGAACCUCCGCUAAAGGCAAUGAAGAUGAUCAGGGACAAUGUACCACCUAAACUGAAGAAUGUGCAAAAGGUAUCUCCCUUACUUAAGGGCUUUCUUGACCGGCUUCUAGUGAGAGAGCCUAGCCAGCGAGCCAGUGCUAAUGAGCUUCUGAAGCAUCCCUUCUUGACCAAGGCAGGUCCUCCAUCAUGCAUUGUUCCGCUGAUGAGACAGAAUCGCAUGAGAUGAACAGUAAACAGAAGGACCCGUCCUAUCCUUUGACACAGACCACCAAAGACUGACCGAAUCUGAGGGGAGGAAGAAGACGGAUGUGGCACGUUAGCCUCCUGAUCAGUAUUGUACCAGGAACCCUGGAGAAAAA